CGGUGUUCUUUAUGAUGUUUCGAAAGCAACAGCAAUUUUGCAGGUGUCGAUUGAUUUAAUCGUUUUAUCAGCAGCAUAAUUGAUGUUUAUUGAAAAAAACUAAAACGUACGAUCGUCUUGACGUAGUGAAGAUUUUCGGGUUGUAUCGGCAUUAAAUAAAUAUCACAGGGGUCACUUGAACCACAACAUGCGAUAAGCCAUUCGAACGGAUUAGAUACAGAGUCGUUCGUUCAGUUUAAGUUUAUAAUGUGAAAAUUCUGGACGUCAAAAAAACUAUUACUUUUCCAAAUUAUGUGUGAGAAAAUUGAGCAACUAUUGUGAUAGUUACGGAGAUGGGACGGUUGCAUAUAAAUCAUAUACAACACCCAGAAAGUUCAGUAAGCAGUACGAACUGCUAGUUGUAAAAUGUGGAGGAUAGAUGUUGGCGAGUGGGAGUGAGAAAGAACCCCCAAAAAUGGGUUUCGAAAAGUCAAACAUGAGGAAGAGACGAAGGCUGUGGUUAACAAUAAUACAACUAAUCGUAGGGAUAAAAUUCAUCGGUGCCGGUACGUUGCUCUAUUUCAAAUUCGAAGACGUAUACGAAAUGAUGCUGCGGAAAGGUCUGGAAAUCAAUCCGACGUCCAAAGCGUUCAACGUGUGGAAGAAGAACGAUCCGCCGUUGAUAAUGAACGUGUACCUGUUCAACUGGACCAAUCCCGAAGACCUAAGGGUGCCCGGAACCAAACCCAUAUUACAGGAGAUCGGUCCGUAUCGGUUCAAGGAAGUGAAGGAGAAGACUAAUAUAAGUUUCGACGAUGUCAGUCAUACAGUUAGUUACAGGCAUAGGAAGUCAUAUUAUUUCGAUGCCGAAAACAGUGAUAGAAAUUUAAGUGAUGUGAUAACUACUUUAAACCCAGUUCCUUUGACGGCAGCGUUCAAAAGUAGGAACGCAGGAUAUUUUAGGAAGUUAGGACUGUCGGCGCUGCUGUCGCAGACGCAUCCAGAAGGCGUUCACAUAACCAAAACGGCCGGCGAAAUACUUUUCGACGGUUACGAAGACUCUCUUUUAAGUGCAAUUUCUUAUAUGCCUUUCAUGGAAACGGCUCCCGAGAGAUUCGGGCUGUUUUACGGGAAAAACGGUACCAUCGGCAGUGACGGAAGCUUCGUCAUGUCAACGGCGAACGACGAAACGUUCGGCCGACUUCUGUCAUGGAACAACGGCACCAGCUCGAAUUUCUACGAGGGCGAGUGCAACAGCGUCAAGGGCUCGGCCGGCGAGUUCUAUCCGCUUAACAGGAAACGGGAUUCCAUCCAGUUCUAUUCGUCGGAACUGUGCAAAUUCGCCACCCUCGAAUACGAACACGACGUCGACAUCAAAGGCGUGCACGGUUAUAAAUACACCGCCAAACACAUUUUUGAUAACGGGACAACAAGAGAAGACAACUCUUGUUUUUGCAUCGGUGAAUGCAUACCCUCAGGCGUUCUGAACGUCUCGUCCUGUCGGGGGAACUCCCCAAGUUUCUUGUCCUUCCCACAUUUCUACGGUGCCGACCGGUACUACACCGACGCCGUUGAAGGACUAGAUCCUGAUAAUCCAAAACACGAAUUUUAUAUAACGAUGGAACCAAAGUCUGGCAUCAUCAUGGACCUCAGUGCAAAAAUGCAGCUCAACUUUUUGUUGCAACCUGAUGAUGUUAUAUCGUUAUACAAAAAUGUGCCGAAGAUCUUCAUGCCGUUCUUCUACUUCGAUCAGGAUGUUCGACUGAAAGAUGAACUGGCGGAAAACUUGAGGCUGAUUCAGAACUUGCCAGAUUAUAGUCUUUACCUGUCGUUUAUUCUAAUUUCCCUUGGGAUAUUAAUGGUGAUAUGGGCGAUAUGUUCCAUGUUCUACUGCAGACAUACCAAAUUACAGUCAAAUACUCAGUGUCAUGCCGGCGAAGAGGUGCCACUACAAAAUAGGAUUAAACAAAUUUCAUAGGUUUAUAUUUUUAUAUUUAAUUAAAUAUUAGGCAAAUAAAAUUAUUUAUAAUUUAUAAA